UUUUGUAUGUGACGGCUGCUUAAAGAAGACAAACAAGACGAGGAAGGAGAACAAGUAUUCGGCCAAAAGGUUGCCUCAGACGAAGCUUGGCAGCCACCUGGAGAACAGAGUGAACGACUAUCUGAAGAGGCACUGCUACACGGAGGCCGGAGAAGUUCACAUUCGAGUCGUUCACGUCUCCGACAAAGUGGUGGAGGUCAAACCAGGCAUGAAGUCCAGGUACAGAACCAGACACAUUCAAACCAAAUCUAAAACGCCCCAAAAAUGUGAUGCCAUGA